AGAAACAACGACAACUGCGAGGAAAAUAAAUAAGCUUUACACACCACUUCACCUUCACUGAAGAAGAAAGAGAAUAAUGCAGCUCUCCAACAUUCCUCUUUUUGGCCUUCUCCUGUUCUUAAAUCUGCCGCUGCUCAGCGCAUAUCCUGUCUACAAUGAGUUACUGACCAAUGAUGACAUAGAUGUCUUAAAGGUACUUCUCCAUCGACUUGAAGAGUCCAUUCCUGAGCGGAGCGAGGUCGAUCGGGUCGCCACAGAAAAGUUGGACAACAUGACUCUCGAAGACAUCGCAAUGGUUGCAGCAGAUGAGAGAGAGCAACAACAAACACGACUCGACAAAUCCGCAAUAAGAGAGUUCCUCUCGGCUCGUGACCUGAAAACUGUCCGAAACGACUCAACAUCGAAGAGAUCCUCAGGCUGCUUCGGGCGAAGGAUAGACCGAAUCGGCUCAAUGAGCUCUCUUGGAUGCAACAUGGUUGGCAAAGACAAUCCAAAGAGAAGAUGAAGUCUUACACAUUACCUGGAACAGCAAAGUCAUUACUUACCAAAGUGUAUUCUUAUUUAUAGUCUGUAGGCUACCUAUUUAUUUUAUAUUUAUUACAUUUAGAUUAUUGGCAAUAUAUUUAUUUGAACCGGUGUCAUUGGUGUACAAUAAAUGUUUACAAUUGCGCAUAAAA